AGGAAGUUUACGAAACAAGGUUUACAAUCAAAGGGAGGUUACCCGUAGUGUGCAGUUGAUGUCCAUGUCGGUAUUAGUUCUAGAUAAACUCAAAGUUUACCUUAUUCCACUUUAACACUAUUCAUUUUCACAAUGACUGAUCUGUGAAAAUGGAAGUAACAAAAUCAAAUUUUGAAGAAGUGUUCCCUGAUAUUGUGAAAGAAAUUGAAAAUGCAUCUUUCCUCUGCAUUGAUGGUGAAUUUACUGGGCUAAAUAAUGGUCAUAUUGUCAAUGCAUUUGACACUCCUGCUGAAUCUUAUCUCAAGAUUCGUGCAGGUUCCAUGGAUUUUCUUUUUAUACAAUUUGGUCUGUCAAUUUUUACUCAAGAUGAUAAAACGGGAAGGUACAAGAAUAAAACCUAUGUAUUUUAUCUAUUUCCAAGACCUAUUAACAGACUUGCUCCUGACAUAAGGUUUUUGUGUCAAACCUCUAGUAUAGAUUUCUUGGUUUCCAAUAAUUUUGAUUUUAACAAGCUAUUUAGAGAAGGCAUUCCGUAUUUAAAUUCUAAUGAUGAAUCGCAACUAGCUGAUGCUAUGGAAGUAAAAAGAAGCUAUAGAGCUAAUCAAGUUAAAGACAGCUCCACACAAACCAUACCUGUACCUAAACAAUUCAAACCUACAAUUGACAAUGCAAUGAAAAAAAUUGACCAAGUCGUUAGUGGUAAAGAAAGUGAAGUUAAAAUUGAUAAGUGUUCUGGCUUUGUCAGAAAGCUCAUUUAUCAAGCUUUUGAAGAAAAAUAUAAAAAUGUUGAUGGCAUUAUACUUAAAAGUGAAGGUGGAGGAAUGUUUUGUAAAAAAGGUGUGGAAGAUUUAAUGGAAGAGAAAGAUGCAAAGGAAAUAGCAGCUGCUGUUGGUUUCUCUAAAGUUAUACGUGAAAUUUCUGCCAAGGGCAAAUUGGUAGUUGGUCAUAAUAUGUUACUUGAUAUUUGCCACCUUGUGCAGAGAUUCCUUGAUCCGCUUCCUGCAGAUUAUCAUGAAUUCAAAGAAAUGAUUCAUACAUUAUUUCCAAAGAUAGUUGAUACAAAACUUAUUUGCGCAGAGGAAACAAUAAAGCAAAAUAUUAAUGGAAGUACAUUGGAAAUGUUAAUGGACACAAUUUCAAAACCACCUUUUCAUUUACCAGAAAUAGAUGGUGAAGAAGGAUACAGCUAUGUUUUAUCGGAUGUGAAAUAUCAUAAUGCUGGCUAUGAUGCUUUUAUUACUGGAACUGUGUUUCUUUCCUUAAUUAGAGCAUUAGACCCAGACAACAAAACUUCAAGCUUGAAAAAUUGCAAACCAAUUGAGAAGUACAUGAAUAAAUUGUUUCUGAUGAAAGCACCUGACACAUGUAUAGACCUGGUAAACCCUGAUCCGGAGCCGAGCAGGGAUCAUGUUUUUCAUAUUUCAUUUCCAAAGCAUUGGAAUGCAAACAAUAUCCAAAAGCUCUUCAGUCCUUUUGGUUCAACUCAGUUGUUUUGGUUGAGUGAUACAACUGCUUGGGUUUCACUUUAUCAACGUGAUGAGAGCCAUAAAGUUAUAAAAGCUUUGGAAAAUUCAUCUAAAUUGCCCAGUGGUGUAACUGUGUUAUCCUACCAAAGAUUCAUUCGUGAAAAAGGAGCUGCCAUUUCUCCUAGACCAAAUAAGAGGAAGCAUGGUAAUGAAAAUGCAAGUGAAGAAGGGAAAAGGAAAAAGAGUUCCCCAAAUGAUAUGAGGCUGUGGCUGUAUUUUCUGUUUUUUCUCUUUUUUGCUUGGCUUGGUGUUGAGCUUCUUAAACAUUUAUGAAGAACAAAUAAAUUUUAUGUUCUGCCCUAACCAUGUAAAUUUUAAAUUAAAUUCAUACCCUAACCAUAUUGAUGUGGACUGUGUCCUGAUCAUGUCGAUGUGGAUUAUGUCCUAAUUAUGUAUUUUCAUUGAAGUUCAAAUAUCACUGGCUGUGACUAAACUAAAGCUGUUAUAAUUAAUGUUAUAGAUUCCUUUUUGUUUUUAUUUUGAAGAAAUAGUAAAAAAAAACCAUGUUGAUUCAUAAAAUCAAUAAACUGUUC